UUCAUGAUGAUGAGCUCAACCUUUUCUAAAACAUGGUUGCUUAUUUUUUACAUUGGUUUUGGUGUGAUCAGAGAGACUGUGAUGUUCUUGUUUCCAUGUUAUGUUACAAUCUAGGUUUCCCCCCACACACACACACCACAUACACACACACACAUGCACACCACACACAAGCCUUUCAAUUAUUAAACAAACACGAUACUAUUUCUCCCCUUGUGGAGAGGAGGCACAAGAUCAGUAGCCAUUUGAGGGAGCCCAUGGGAUAUCUGCUGCAAACUGUCCCAUGUUCUGUUUCUGUUGUCUGGAUCAGGCAUUUUCUACAGAUGACCACCUGAAUCCUCCUCUCUACCGUUCUCCAACUGUAUACUGCCCUGUACUGUACGCUGCCUGCCAAAAUGGACCCAGGCAUGCAACACUAGAGCAGCCUGGAUGCCUUGGCUGGGGCUCUGCCCUGCUGUUUGUUCUGUGGUCUCAGUCAGUCAGCAAGCUCCUCCCCCCCCGAGCAGAAACUCAAUAAGCCAUGACAAACCACACCGGCAGCUGGAGAGUGACACUGAAUAACCACACUCAUUUUGCCUGAUCCUUUUAGUUAAUCAGAUACACUGUUUUCCACUGUAGAACCCAAAGUGGGUCAGUCAACUUUCCCAGAGAAACUUGUGAGAGUUCCUCUAUUUACUUAUUACAGAUCACAUUACCAUUUCCUUUAAAAUAAGUCAUUCAUGAAUAAAGUUAGUAAUGUAUUCAUGGCUACAUAAUCGCUGUAGAUAACCAACUUUCAGUCACGUUUUUCAUUGCCAGUUGACUAAGAAUUACAGUCAGCCGUCAUCAUAUCUAUCCUUCCUCUUUCUACUCAUUAGUCAUUCAACCAUCCGGCCCUGAGAGCCAGGCCAUGUCCAGUGGGAGGACAGCAGUGCAGGAGGGAAACUCAGGAACCCAAGACCAUGUUGGACGUACAAGUUUACCUGUCCAAACCACCCAUCUGUCAUCCAUCAGUGACAGUGUCCACACUGUCUGUCCUCCAGUGCCUAAGGCAGACAGUACUUUUGCUGCCUGUCCGCCAUACAGAGCUCACAGUGACAGUGAUGGGAGGUUAACCAGGGAGGAGCUGCUAGGCCAGACUGACCUGGCAGGAGGGACGCCCUCGACUGUGUGUCAACCACAGAUCUCCUUGGUCCAACCAGACAUGACAGCAUCUACCCCAUCAGAGGAGCCCCCACCCUACAGCCCACCUGACCCCAAGAUGGCCUACAUUAUUUACCCUCCACAACCACCUCACUACCCAGGACCCCCUGUCAUAGCCUGCCAGCCAGGACCCAACCAGCCAGCCUUCUACCAGGCCCAGUUCAUGCCUUCACCCAGCUACCCUCCCUACACCAUAUACAUGAACGGCCCUCCACUGGGGGAUGAGCGGCCUCCCCUGCCCAAGGACUACAUGGUGGAGUCCCUGCUGGUCACCAUCUUCUGCUGCCUCAUGAGUGGCCUCAUUGCCCUUAUGUAUUCAUAUGAGACCCGUGCUGCUCUGGCCAGAGGGGACAUGAGGGAGGCAGAGAGGGCUUCCCAGAAGGCCCGUCUGCUGGUGCUGUUCAGCCUAAUGUUUGGGGUGUUUGUUUGUGUGGGCUGGAUCAUAUAUGUAGUGAUAUCUCUCUGUGCAUAGCCGACACGGUAAGGCCCUGCCUCCACUUUCGAUUUGCACCUGAUACACAUCUACUCAUUUACAUUUUAGUCAUUUAGCAUACGCUCUUAUCCAGA